UCUCCCUUCGUUGCCUAUUUGGGGCAUUUUAACGCGGGAGCUCUUCCUCCUCUUCGCGUUUUCCACCCACCAGGGAAGGAAGGUUGCGUUGAAUCUUCCCGUCUCAUAAACUUCUAAGUGUAUUACGUAGGACUCAAGGCAGCAGCUUCCAGUUUGAUGUUCCUAGUGCAGCGAGGAGCCUUGGCUGUGGUAACGUCCACCCGGGUUUGGGACAGGCAAAUAGGUGUUUCUCUAAUCCUGGAAUCCAAGUCGCUGUGCUCAGCUCUGAUCACACACCUCAUGGGGAAAGCGGAGGGCUCUGUGGCUAGGGAAGAAUGGCACGGACAUGUCACCGCUCUCUCUGUUGCACCAGAAUUUCGACGGCUGGGUUUGGCUGCUAAAUUGAUGGAGCUAUUGGAAGAAAUUUCAGAAAAAAAGGGUGGAUUUUUUGUUGAUCUCUUUGUGAGAGUAUCAAAUCAGGUUGCUGUAAAUAUGUAUAAGCAACUAGGCUACAGUGUGUACCGGACAGUGUUAGAGUACUACUCUGCCAGCAGUGGGGAGCCAGAUGAAGAUGCUUAUGAUAUGAGGAAGGCUCUUUCCAGAGAUACAGAGAAGAAAUCAGUUAUACCUCUGCCUCAUCCAGUGAGGCCAGAAGACAUUGAGUAACUGUAAGCUGUGAUUCUCAGGCAACUUACUAAGUGUCAGGUCUGUCCCCCCUAACCUCCAAGAACUUAUGGAUGAGAAAUUUCAGGCUGAAUGUUUUUCCCUUGAAAUACCAAAAAGCAGUGUUGAGAAGCUGACUAACACUGCUUCUAUAGGUAAUGGCUGUAUACUAUCACACUUACUCUAUUAUUUUUCCUUUCAAAUAUUUGAAAUUCAGAGACUAUUAAAAUGGAAUUACCUUCUG